AGAGGGAGAGCCUUAGGCGUCCCAGAAGACCUCGCGGACUGUGCAGCGGCUGGCAGAGGGGACCUGUUUGCUGGCCCGUUUGGAGGUGAGAUGGGGUGGGGUUUGGAGACUGAGAAGCCCAAGAGAAGACAUUGAGUUUCUCCCCACCCCUCAAACCCACUUCCACAACAGAACCAGGUGGCCCCGAGGAAUAAGGCGAAGUGUAAACACAAACAACCUCAGAAAGAAGCCAAGAAAAGAGAAGCCCAAAGAAGCAAGAGCAACACUGUUACAAAACUGUCUGGUUUUGUAACAAUUUCCCCGCCGCCGGCCAAUGAGCAGCGUGGCGGCACGUCACGUGGUACCGUUUUAUAUAACACUUUGCUGAGACAAGACAGUUAUUAGGCGGCGCGGGGCGGCCGGCAUGGAGCUCCCGGAGGAGCGGCACGGCCCAGAGUUCCGUAGCACGGCGGCGGUGGCCGCCCUGAUUUCCUCCAGCCGCCACUUCUUGCUUCGUAUUCACGGUCCCUAGACGCCUCUUCCCCUCCGGUGUCCCUCUCCCUAUGGAGCCAGUACGGACUGAACAGAUGCUGAGCUUGCCCGCCGAGGUCAGCAGCAACAACUUAGAUCCAGUGGAGCCGGCGGAGCGAGGGGCAUCAGCGGCCCAAGUAGACACGGCUCCCCCACCAGAGGCCGCUGCAGAGGGUCCCGUACCUCCACCGACGCCGGAGCGAGAGCAAGAGCAGUCUCCGGGGACCUCAACGCCCGAGAGCAAAGUCCUGCUCACGCAGGCAGACGCCUUGGCGUCCCGGGGGCGCCUCCGGGAAGCCCUCGAGGUGUAUAGACAGCUCUCCGAGCGACAGCAGCUGGUGGCUGAGCAGCUGGAGCAGCUGGUGCGCUGCCUGGCGGAGAAAGUCCCGCAAGGCGAGGCGCUGACGCUGGCGCCCCCGGACGAGGGUAGCGCUACAAGCGGCGCCGUGGCGGCGGAAGAGACAGGGGCUGCGGCGGCCACCGAGGUGUGGGACGGCUUUAAGUGCCGGAAAUGUCAUGGGUUUCUGUCAGACCCCGUGUCCUUGUCGUGUGGCCACACCUUUUGUAAACUGUGCCUGGAACGUGGGCGGGCCGCCGACCGGCGCUGUGCGCUGUGCGGGGUCAAGCUCUCCGCGUUGAUGGUGGCCACUGGGCGGGCGCGUGGAUCCCGGCGGACUGGGCAGCAGCCGCCGCCGCCGCCGCUGCGAGUCAACGUGGUGCUCAGAGGCCUCCUCGGCAAGUUGUUCCCUGGCCCGGCGCGGGCGUCGCAACUCCGGCACGAGGGCAACCGGCUGUACCGCGAGCGCCAGGUGGAGGCGGCGCUGCUCAAGUACAACGAGGCAGUUAAGUUGGCUCCAAAUGACCACUUGCUUUAUAGCAAUCGGUCUCAGAUUUAUUUCACCUUGGAGUCUCAUGAGAACGCACUGCAUGAUGCAGAAAUAGCAUGUAAGCUCCGCCCGAUGGGUUUUAAGGCACAUUUCAGAAAAGCCCAAGCCUUAGCCACCCUAGGCAAGGUGGAGGAGGCACUAAGGGAGUUUCUCUACUGUGUAUCCCUUGAUGGAAAGAACAAGAGAGCAAGAGCUGAAGCCCAAAGACUUCUCCUUAGUUUCUUUUCACCAACUGUCCCGGGGGACUCUCAGGAACAUUCUCCCAAUAUCCUGAAGCUGUUGGCACCUCACCCUAGAUUAAUGGAAGACGUAGAGUCAGUGACUACUAAAGUUACCAGCCAUAAUCUGCCAAGGUUGUUACAGGACAAUCUGGAGCUCCCACACUGUUCUAGUCAGGAGGAAGCAGCAGCCAGGGGAGAUGGCAGCAGUCCGAAGAACCCAGCUAAGGUGAAGGGGGAUGGUCAGCAGCACCAUGUGAAAGACCAAGAGGAAGAGGAGGGGAAGCAGGUUGCUGCCUCUCCAGAAGCUGCUUCCAGCAAGACUGGAAAAUGCCAGGGAAAGAAAAGGAAAUAUUGCCAAAGUGAUGUCCAAGAUGACACAGGGAUGUCUAAUAAAGCCUCCAAGCAAGAUCCUCCCACUGAUCAGGGGGCCACACCUGCUCUCAGUUUACCACUUGCAUCCUUCGACGCAUCUGACCUUGAAUGCGCUCUAUGUAUGAGAUUAUUUUAUGAGCCAGUCACAACACCUUGUGGGCAUACUUUUUGCUUAAAAUGCCUGGAAAGAUGCCUAGAUCACAACGCAAAGUGUCCACUGUGCAAAGAUGGUCUUUCACAGUGCUUGGCAUCAAGAAAAUACAGCAAAAAUGUAAUAAUGGAGGAGCUAAUAGCUAAAUUCCUUCCAGAAGAACUGAAGGAACGAAGGAAGCUUUAUGAAGAGGAAAUGGAAGAACUUUCUAACCUUAAUAAGAAUGUACCUAUUUUCGUGUGUACGAUGGCCUAUCCCACCGUUCCUUGUCCCCUGCACAUCUUUGAGCCUUGUUACCGCCUGAUGAUUCGUAGAUGCAUUGAGACGGGCACGAGACAGUUUGGCAUGUGCCUUGGAGAUCCUGUCAGAGGGUUUGCAGAAUAUGGCUGCAUCCUAGAGAUCAGAAAUGUUCAAUUCUUUGCCGAUGGCCGCUCAGUGGUUGACAGCAUAGGCAAGAGGCGCUUCAGGGUGCUGCAUCAGAGCCAGCGGGAUGGCUACAACACAGCCGACAUUGAAUACAUUGAAGACCAAAAGGUUCAGGGAGAGGCUUGUGCUGAGCUCAUGGGAUUACAUAACUGUGUCUAUGAGCAAGCGUCAUCGUGGUUUCAUUCGCUCAAAUCAUCCCUAAAGAAUCGGAUACUCAAUCACUUUGGUCCCAUGCCGGAGAAAGAUGCUGAUCCCCAGAUGAACCCGAAUGGCCCAGCCUGGUGCUGGUGGACAUUAGCAGUUCUUCCUUUGGAAAGCCGAGCUCAGCUCCCUUUCCUAGCAAUGACAUCCUUAAAGGACAGACUGAAUGGUAUUCGACGAGUCCUGGCCUUCAUGUCCCGAAACCAAAACUAGUGAGUGGAUUACCGAAGAGGACCUCCCACCUUCCCCACUGCCACUGAGGGGAGUCUUCUUGUAAAUAUAUCUAAUUGCAAUAAAAUCAGAAGAGGGUGUCAAACAGAGGCAUCAGCCUGCUGUUGAUCACAGAGAAAAACUGAGUAGAAAGACCAAAAGAAUGUGACCUAUUUGAAACUUUCUGUCUUAAGAUGCUUCUUGACAUGCUGCAUAACUGCAUAAACAGCAUCUGA